AUGAAUUCAACUGCAAUGAUCAAUCUCAAUCGAAUGACAUUAUUAACGUCAAUUUCAGAAAUAACACCACAAUUAUAUAUAUCAGGUCAAAUGGCUGCAACUGUGGAACAGGUACAAAAAUUAGGUAUCACUUAUGUAUUGAAUGUUGCUGUUGAAUCAGCUCCUAUUGUUUAUCCAAAACCUAUCAAAUUAGAAAAAUUUGAUAUUAUUGAUUUUCCAACAGCUCCUAUAAGUAAUUAUUUUAAUAUAUUAACUGAUAAAAUACAUACACAUAUUAAUGCUAAUAAACAGAAUAAAGUACUUGUUCAUUGUAUGGCUGGUAUUAGUCGAAGUGUAACAAUUGUUUGUGCUUAUUUAGUGCGUUAUACAAAUAUGUCUUUACGAGAUGCAUAUUUAUUCUGUAAAAGACAUCGGCCAAUUUGUUUUCCAAAUUUAGGUUUUUGGAAUCAACUUAUUUCAUAUGAAUAUCAAAUGAAAAAGGAAAAUAGUGUUAAAAUGAUUCCAACACAAUUUGGACAUGUUCCAGACGUUGCAUUUGAAGAAAUCAAACAACUGCGUAAUCAACAACAACAACAACCAGCAUCAUUACCAUUUCUUGCUCCAACAUUUGCUUCAACACUUACUAAUCCUAGUAUUAAUAGCCCUACGACUGAUGAUACAUUAUUUUUAUCAUCGAAUCAAACUCGUCCAACAGCACGAGAUAUAUCUAUAACAAAUUCAACUGGUACAACACGAUCUCGUUCAUUAGCUCCAAAUACAAUAAAUCGACCAUCAAUUAUUUCAACUUCAACAAAUAUUAACAAUUCAAUUUAUCAAACACCAUUACCUACAACAAAUAAACAAUUAUAUUCAACAUCAACAAGAUAUGGUAUAAAUCGUUUAAAUCCAUCAAUAACAACAAUAAAUAAUUCCAUUCCAUUAGGAUCAAAUUCAUCACAAAAUCUCUAUACUAAUACUCGUGGUUUACCAAUUAGUACUUCACCAAAUAUAAAACAACGGAAUAAUCAUUCUCAUCAAUCAACAACUAUGACGGCUACAUUAUCAAAUCCAUCAACAAUAAAUAAUGAACAACAACGUUCACAUUAUGAAACAACAUAUCGAUCUAGUUUUAUUAAACCAUUAGUACCUUAA